CCCUCUCACAUGCUCCAGCAGAGGCCAGUCUCCAGGAGGUAAACCAAGCCCAGCUCAGGAAUCCUUCAAAGACACCAGGGUUGGGGCUGCUUCUGUCCAGUUGAGCAGUUCUUUCUUCUAGAUACCCUGAAAACCAGGGAGGGAGGUGGGCCUGGUGGCGUCCCUCCUCUUACAGUCCAAGAAUGCUGGACUCCUCAGUGGCAGAUGCAAUGACCCGACUGACCCUAAAACUCUUAGAGAAGAAACUGGAGCAAGAGCGUGAGAAUGUGGAAGGGGGUUCUGAGGACCCUCACUCCGUGCCAGGAAAUGAGGACAGGCCGGAUGCAGCUGUACUGAGUGCUCUGAGGAGGAGGAAAGACCUUCUGCAGAGACUCUGGGAACAGCACCUCCUGGAGGAGGUGUCCCAGCCCCGAGCCCGAGCCCCGAGCGGGGUGAACAGAGGAGGAGCCUGGGGAUCAGCACUGCCCCCAGAGGUGGCCCCGGCGGGCAUCCGCCCUGCUGUCUCCCCACCCCCGCCAGCCCUGGAGCCACCACACAUUAUCCAACACUCAGUCCCCCAGCCUCCUGCCACCAUUAUUCAACAACUACCUCAGCAGCCACUCAUCGCACAGAUUCCCCCUCUCCAGGCCUUCCCCACUCAAAGGUCAGGAAGUAUUAAGGAAGACAUGGUGGAGAUGAUGCUGAUGCAGAAUGCACAGAUGCACCAGAUCAUUAUGCAAAACCUGAUGCUCAAAGCCCUGCCCUCUGGAAGAUCACAGGCUGCCCCUCUGCAUUCCACCCCACAGAGGCAGAAGCCGCCCUCCGUGCAUCACCACCACCACUAUGCACCCCCAGCCCGGCUGCAGGCCUCCCCGGCGGGUUACUCCAUGUGGCCCCCAGUGGUCUCAGCCACCAUCCCCCCACCUGCUUCCGGCUUCCUGCACCACAUGGCCGGCCCCUCCUUGGCAGCCCUUAGUGGGGUGGCAUCUGAUGGCAUCCUUCCCACACAGGCUCCGGGCCUGUGAAACUCCACGUGUGGGCUCGGUAAGCAGCAGGGUCCCAGUUCCCCAGCAGGUGUGGUCGGGGAGGCCCGGCAGAGGCCUGAGGCCUCGGCCCUGGAUGCUGGACUGCCAGGCACGAGGAAAUACAGGGAUUUCACCAGGAGGGAUGGCCCAGUUAGCCGCAUAAACCGUUAAACCUUCCUGUGGAAGAAAUACCAGAAACAAGUCAAAUAUGAUGACGACUGGGAGGUCUGCCUGCCACGAGCGGCCGAGGUGAGGGCUCCUGCCAGUCUCAAGAAGUGAAGCAGACAGCAGUCGGGGAUCUCUUGUGGGAGAGUAUCUUUCCACGAGGGUCUGCGUGGCUCCUUCUACAAGUCAAACACCAAGUUGAAUGUGGUUCCUUUCGAAGAUGGCUGAGGAAAGGGAGCUUUCUCUGCAUUUGUUCCUUUUGGUUCUGUCAGGGCUUCCGGUGUGAACGUCACCUUUAGUCUUUCUUCAUUUUCUGUGACUUUUUUUUCUUGGUGGAAUGAUGUUCCCUUGACACGUUAAUAUAAUUUUCACAUGAACGUCACAUUUAAAUGUUACAGCUGUUUUCAUCUACCCCUUUUGGGAAAACCGAUUUUCCCCAAGUUCUGCACCAGCGAGAGCCCUGCCUCCUUGGACCCUGCAGGCUCGUGGGAUGUUGGCCCGGGGAAGGGGAUGACCACGUGGUGGUCAGGAUGCCUCCAGGGCGGGAGGGCGGCAGGGGCCCCCACCACGUGCCUGGCACACGCAUCUCUUGUGAAAGGCAAUUAAAGGUCUGACUCCAUUGCUGAUUUUCACGUUGACUUUUUUUUUUAUUAAUUUUUUUAAUGUUUAUUUUUAAGAGACAGAGAGACAGAGCAUGAGUGGGGGAGGGGCAGAGAGAGAGGGAGACACAGAAACCAAAGCAGGCUCAGGCUCCGAGCUGUCAGCACAGAGCCUGACAUGGGGCUUGAACACAUGAACCGUGAGAUCAUGACCUGAGCUGAAGUUGGCCGCUUAACCGACUGAGCCACCCAGGCGUCCCAACGUUGAUGUUUUCUAACAUGGCUUUUCUCAACACAAUUGGGUUUUAUUUCUCAACACAAUUACUAAUUAAAUACAGGGAGGAAGUUUAACAGAAGUUGGAUGUCUUUGGAUGGCCUGAUAAAUUGGAAAAACUCAGUUUUGUCUGUGUCUUGAGUGAGGAAAACCCAGUCCUUCCUCGUGAAUGUCCUUUACUCACACACAGAACAGGCACUUCUGUCACUUCUAGUUACCAGUCCUCUCCGGCAUCACCAGGAUGUCCUGCCAUCCAACUCGGUUCUGACACUGUCCACCUGCAUGAGGAUGAAGUCCCACGAGACUGCCCCCCACCUCCCUCGCCAGCUGCAAGUGCAGUUGUCCCUGCUCCUGACCUGCUGGGUCAGGGAGCAGAGGUUCCCAUGACCCCCUCUUCAGGUUCGAUUACUUUGUCAGAGCUGUUCACAGAACUCAGGAAACACAUUUGCCAGUUGAAGGAUGUGAUAAGGGGGUGGGGCAGGUCUGGGAGGGUCCCCUGCACAGGAGCCUCCAUCACGUGGAGGUGGGGUGCGUCACCCUUUCAGCGUGGAUGUGUUUACUCACUUGGAGGCUCUUGGGACCCUGCGCUACUGGGAUUUAUGGGGGCCUCCUCUCGUAGGCGUGCCUGCGAGAUAGACUAACUGCAUUUCCAGCCCUUCUCCCUCUCUGGAGAAUGGGAUGGGAGGAAGGGACUAACAGUUAACAAGCUUCCAAUCAUGGCAGGUCUUUCUGGGGGCCCGGGGCCCCCCCAGGAGCCCCUAAGAGUUGCCUCAGAACA